AUGGUUGAGGUCACAUUGAUAACUUACAAACUAUUGGUGCUUUCAUGGAUUACCGCUCAGAGACAGUUAAUCCAUGAUAGGACGGCAUCACGUGAGACAUGGGACAGUAGCUAUGAUUUUAUUGUGGUCAGAGGGGGUGGGUCAGGUGCUGUGGUGGCCAACAAACUCAGUGAAUGCAAGUCAGUGCGGGUGCUAUUGCUUGAGGCAGGAGGUGCUCAAAGUGCUACCUAUAAUGACAUGCCCGGGAUGGUUAAUUAUAUUUAUCCAGAUGGAAUCAAUUAUUGGGAUUAUUAUUCUGAGCCCAGGCCUAACUAUGGGCUACAAUACUCUGGCGGUCGGGUUAAGGAACCCAGAGGUAAGACAUUGGGUGGCAGUACUACACAUAAUUGGAUGAUCUAUAAUCGGGGGAAUCGUCGGGGUUAUGACGAGUGGGUCAAUACAUACGGUGCUGUCGGUUGGAGUUAUAAGGAUUUGUUGCCAGUGUUUAAGGAAUGGGAGAAUAAUACCGAUCCGACUGUUGUUGAGAGUAAUCCCGGAUAUCAUGGGACUACUGGUCCAAUACAAGUGUCCGCACCUGUAAAUCCUGAUAAAAUAUAUAAUAUAUUGCAAAAAGUCGCAAAUGGUUUGGGUUAUAUGGAUAUUGAUUUUAAUGGCGCUAACCAAGAGGGUUAUAUGUUGUCGCAAUCAUAUGUUACGGGACAGGGGUUUAGGUCGGGAACGGGUAAUGCAUUCGUGGACCCGAAUCCACACGAAGACAAUCUGCAUAUCGUUUGCAAAGCAUUGGUCUCAAGAAUACUAUUCAAUGGGUUGACAGCUAUUGNAUAUCCAUUGGUCUCAAGAAUACUAUUCAAUGGGUUGACAGCUAUUGGAGUGGAGUUUAUUAGGAAUGAUAUCGAGUAUAGAGUUUACGCUAACAAAGAGGUUAUCGUUUCCGGCGGUGCAAUAAAUAGCGCUCAGUUACUACUUUUGUCCGGUGUUGGUCCAAAAGAACACCUACAAAGUUUAGGAAUACCUAUAUUACUUGAUCUACCUGUUGGUGAAAACUACGUGAAUCACCCGAACCUUUUAUUGGGAGCACAGGUUAAGCCCCAGUACUCAUAUCUAUUGAAUGAAUAUCUACAGAUUAAUAUAAAACAAUUAAGUGAACUUUACUUCGAGCACCGUGGUGUACUUGCACAAUUCCCAUCAGGGGCAAUUGUGUUUAGUACCAUGAACAAUAUGGACAAACAGUGGCCCAAUGUGCCAUAA